AUGUCCACAUUUAAUGUAUUGAGAUAUUCCCUUUUAGGAGCUGGUAUUGUUUACGGUGCUUACACUAGAUACUCAGUGGAUUCAGCUUUUAAAGCCGAACAAGCAGCAAAGAAAUGGAGACAAGAAGAGAAAUUAAUCCAACAAGCCAAAGCUGAAUAUGCCAAAUUACAUACUCCUAAGAAAGAUACUAGCAGUGCUUCUACAUCUGGCUCAAUCAACUGGGAAGAUCCAAACUUGGAUCUUGGCAAGGCUUUAGAAUCAUUAAUUCAAAAAUUAGAUUAA